UUGGACUGUGCUGUGUGUUCAGCGUGCAAAAGCACAUAGAUACAUGAGUAUCAUAAGCAUAGUGUAAUGAACACUCAUCAAGAUGAACAUUCAUCCUCCUGUUGUUCAGUUUGUCAUUAGUGCAAGAAACAUACAUUUUGAGUUGUUGUUUAAAGAUUGUCAAAGACUCCACUGUACUGACAUCUAGAGGAAGUUCGUUCCACUUCUUAGGCACCAGAACAGAAAAGUGUCUUCAUAAAUGUCUUCCUCAAUCUCUGAGAGAGGGUGGGAUGAGACAAGCAGUGCUGGCGGACCGAAGGAAACGUGGUGCAGUGUGUGGUGUGAUUAGGGCAGAGGGGUAAGUGGGUGCUGGGCCAUUUUUAGAAUGAAUUUUAGAAUUUUUUUUUAGAAUUUUUGCCCAGCACCCACCACCCAAAUGACAGAUGAUUGUCCACAGUUACCCCAAGAUUGCAGGCAGAGGCUGAAGGACCCCCUCCAUGUCACCUCAUACAACCUUCUAAGUAAGAAGAAAACCAUUGCCACGCUGUUCCACAGACUUCAUAUCCAAGAAAAGAUAAUAGAAUCGUGUGGUUCACUGUGUAAAAUGCAGCUAACAGGUCCAGAAGGACGAGGGCCGUGGAGAGUUUGGUCGAUCUAGCAGGAUGGAGCUCCUGAGUGACUGACAGAAGGGUAGUCUCUAUGGAAUGUGCCACUUUGAAUCCGGAUUGGUUGGGAUCAUUGAGGUUGUUCUGUGUUCGAGAUAAAGAGACAUUUGAUUAUAAACAGUCGCUUCAAGAAUUUUGGAAAUAAAAGAGACAAACAAUACUGAGCGAUAGAUGCUGACGUCUGAUGGAUCCAGGCAGGGUUUCUUAAUGAAGGGAAUAACAGCAGGAACAGCCAGAUGAUAUGGAAUGGUUAAUGAUAGUUUGGGUGAAGGGAAGGAGGUCUCGUAAGAUGGCCUAAGCAUUGUGGAAGAUCACAAACAUCUCUUCUGUGUAACAUGGCGACAUGGACAUUUAUGCAAGUUAAACGGUUGUUUAUUUUUCCUUGAUACAAAUAGAAAUGUGAUUCAAAUAUGGUGAUGCAUAAUGUUUUCACUUUAUAUUUUUUAUUCAUUAGUUUUAUUUAAUUAUUUCAUUAUUACCUAUUUAUAUAUGAUUAAGUUUAUUUUGAAAAACAAAAAAAAUAACAACUACAAAUUGCAUUGCAGGUAAAAGUACAGAAUGAAGAUUGUUUAGCAGCUACUGUAUUCUGACUGUAAAUCAUAAGUUUUUCUUAUUGUAUUUUAUUUAACAUUACAUUUCUCUCUCUCUUGUUUUACAUAACACCUUCAGUACGGGUAAGUAAAUAAUCAAUUUUACAAUAAUUAUAAAGACUGAUAUUUCACAUUAAUAUAUUUUUUUUUACUUAUUCAAAGAUUUUCAUUUAUUGCAUAUGUAAAUAUAGAACAAUAGUGAAUGUUAUUCUGUAAUUUAAUGUGUUAAAUAUAUAAAUAAAUGUACUAUUAUAAUUUUUAAAAUAAAUUUAUUCAGUGUUAUGUCAAGGGUAACAGUAACUAUCACUACUAUCCACGUUUAUCAGUUAGCUUCUUUUCAACAAUUCACCUUUGCAUAACCUCACUGCACUGCAAUAACAUACUGUAACAAGAGCUGUUUAGCAUUUUGAGUAAAAGACACAACAAACAUGUAACAUUUAACACACACCACUGCCAGACUCCACCAGAAUCUCUCUCCUCUUAUACACUCCAUUUUCUCCUGCAUUAAUAAGGAGCUACACCUCAGUACGGGGAGGAGAUCUAAACGCACUAAUGAGGGAUUGUUCUCCACAUACACAGUGUUAUAAUUACAAAAAGAGCACAACAGUUUUAUCUUUGUAAGAAUUAAUGAAAUAAGGACACAUAAGUUAAUGAGUCGUUAUAUGGGGUAUGUUUCAGUAGCUGAUAAAUCUCUUUAGUGUGAGCAGAUGAUCAUCAGUACAGUGUAACAUAAUGUUAUUUAGGUUUACUGUGUGUGUUAAUUAAUUAAUUGUACAUUAUUUACUAGCUCAAAUCUGUUCAUAAAGACACACAUAAAAUGUUUAUAUGCAUUUUAUAAUUUAUCAUAAAAUUCUGCCAUUAUGAACAAAAAAAAUAUAUUUUAAUUUUCACAGCAACAGCAAACCGGAGAUCUAUGGAGGAAAGACAGAGAUCAUCAAGAGAACAACAUUUGGGUUAUUCAGAGUGACAGAAAAUGGACAGAAGAUGAGAAAUUGAAAAUGAAAAAAUCUGCUCUACAGACUGAACUGGACCAAGCAUCAAAAUCACUGGAACAUAAAGACCAACAGCUGGACAACAGAGAUCUACAUGAAAGACAACAACUGAAAUUGAAGCUGGAGGAAAAGGACAACAGACUUGUGGAGAAGGAGAAAGAAUUAAAUGAGAAAAAUGAAGAGCUGAAGAUUCUAAAAGAACGUUUAGAGACUAAUGAGAAGACUCUUUCUGAGAGAGACGCAGUGUUAAUGGAAACAAAUAAUAAACUUCAACAUGCUACUGAACAAGUUAAAGAGAAAAUCUCACAACUGGAGAAUAUGAACAAACUGCUGAGUGAGAAAGAAACACAGAUAAAGAACACAGAUAAAGAGCUGGAAACCAGUAAAAACAAACUGGAGACACUGGGACAUGAGCUACAGGACACAAAGAGACAACUACAGGAGAUGAUGAUCGUACUGGAGCAAAAGAAAACUGAGUUAGCAGAAAAAAACAAACAGCUUGAAGAGACAGAGAGACUUGUGGAGGAGAAAACAAAACAGCUGCAGGAACAGACAUCAUCAGCCCCAUUCAGGAGAAGAAACAGCAAGGACUUAAUACACCCAAUAAUGGGUGAAGAAUCGUCUAGUCCACAUUCUCCAGUGUCGGUUCCUGAACCAGAACUGAGGCUGGUGCUGCUGGGGAGGACGGGGUCUGGGAAGAGUGCAGCAGGGAACACCAUCCUGAGCAGAGAGGAGAGGAACCAGGCUGCUGCAUCUACAGCUACAUCUACAUCCACCCAGCAGAGUGAGAGCACACAGGGGGAGGUGGCUGGGAGGAAGGUGACUGUGGUGGACACUCCUGACUGGUUCUCUCCUGGACUCCCUCUGGAGAAGCUGAGACAGGACGUGGGACGCUGUGUCCAUCUGUCUGCUCCAGGACCCCACGCCUUCCUCCUGGUCAUACCUGUAAAGCAGUCUACAGGGGAGGAGAGAGGGAUGCUGGAGAAAAUGGAGGAGAUUUUUAGUGAGAGAUGCUGGAGUAACACCAUGAUCAUACUCAGUGUUACUGAUGAACUUCAGAAGAAGAACAUUGAGGAGUUUAUUCAAUCAGGAGACCAGGAGGUCCAGAGACUUGUAGAGAAAUGUGGGAACAGGUUUCACUGUCUUAAUAUUAAGGAGAGAGGAGAUGGUUCUCAGGUCUCAGAGUUGCUAGAGAAGAUAGAGAAGAUGGUGGAAGGAAACAGAGAGAAAUUCUACAGCAGUGAGAUCUACCUGGAGACAGAAUCUCAGAUUGGAGCAAUGCAGACUAAGAUCCAGAAGGAAAGAGAAGAGAAACGAAUGACAGAGGAGAUGAAAGUAAAGGAGAAAAUAAAUAAGGAGGUGCAGAAUUCUCUGGAAAUAAUAGAGGGAGAGAUCCAGGAGCAUGAAGGAAAAAUUAGACAAUUGAAUGACCGAACAACUGAACUGGAGAUAAAGAUGAAAGAAGCGAGACAUGAAGAGAAAAAGAGAGAACUAGAAAGGGAGCUGAAACAAGAGGUGGAGCGUAGGAUUGAAAUGGAAGAAAAGGUGAAGAAACUGAAAGAAAAGAGAAAGAGGGAGAGAAGAGAUGUGGAGGAGAGGCACCAACACGAGUUGGACCAUAUUAGGAAGGUGUAUGAAGGAAUGGCUAUGCUGGAGACAGAGAGAAACAUCAGGAAGAUACUCCAGAGAAGUAAUUUGGCCACAAAAUUGAAACAGAAAAAGUUCAGGAGAGACAUGGAAGAGAAGAACAGAGAGCUGGAGACUAUUGACGAGAAGUUUUCAGAGCUCUCAGACUGCUUGACGAGGUUUAUGGCAAAAGUGCGAAGUGAAUCAGAGGUAGAGAAAGCAGAUUAAGCAAGAUUAAUUCAUUAAUCACUUAGAGAUUUAAAAACUUUUUUUCUCUAAGUAACAUAGUUUAAAAGCCCCAGACACUCACCCAGUCAGAAAUUAAAUAUAUUAGCCAGGUAUUGUGGAAAUCACAGUGCAAGAGAUAUUAGCAUAAGGUAGUUUGAUAUUAACAUUUGGCAGUUUUAAUGAUCAGUUAAUAAGCAGGCCCAAACUGUUUAUUUCUGCUACGAAAACCUUGUAGGGGAAAAGGCAGAUGGCUGAAUUUUUAGAAUCAUAUCAAAGAGCUCUAUUAUACAGAACUAACUUACAAAAUUCAAGCUAGGAAUCUUACCUUAAGAGUGAUACAGGACCAAUCUCAGAACAAAUCUGGGCAAGGAAAAGACAAAACCUCUUAUCUCAGUGAGAAGAUAAAUGCUUGCUAUGACACAUUAAGAUUGAGAUUUGAUGAAUGGGUCCACCCACAACUACACCAUUGUGGGUUGGGUGGGCUGAACUACUGAGUGAAAGUCACUGGAGAACAAUAGCGUGAUUUUAGUUACUGUCCUUGCUGGCAUGUCCAUUUAGUUUCAGGUUUGGUUUUUAUGUAGCACACUUGGAAGCAAGUACAGUACUUCGUCUUCAGUAUUUCACCAUUUUUUCCUCUGCUUAAGAAACUAAUACGACUCUUACAAAUCUUACAAACUAAAGAAAUCACAUCUUACAACAUAGUGUUUGAGUCUUUUAUACAACAACAAUAUGAUAAAAAAAUAAUAAUAACAGCACACUAUUGUACAUUUACACCUUUGAGGUUACAUUUCAUGUUCUGGUACAUCCUUUUUAUCUUUUAUUUAUUUAUUUUUUUUGGUUGAAAGAAUCAUUCAUUUAUUUAAAAAAGUUACAUUACAGGACUACAUCCUUAUGAUUCUGUGAAGUUUUGUUAGAUGUUAUUACAUUUGUAAAAUGAAAAUUCUGUAAAUGUAAUAAUUUUCAUGUACAGUAGUGUAUUGUCAUGUAUUAAAAAAUAUGCCUUUCAUGUUGUAUGGUCUCA